AGGUGGAUUGAGGGGAAUUAAAGUUGGUAAACAUUAGAACAAGAUUUACUAAGUAGAGAUUUAAUCUUAAGUGACUUAGAGAAUUUAUAGUGGUUUCGCAUUCAGAUCACGUAGGGAUAAUUAAGUGACGGUCAAUUUUUGUUCUACGGCCCGCUUCUUGGCCGAUCCGUACCCGUUGUGGGUGCAUCCCAAUGUCUGGGAUCAUCAUCAUUACCACCAUCGCUCGCAUUGUCAUCGUCUGCAACGGAGCAGGCUGUAGUCUGUCUGCGACACCAGGCUCGGCAUGCGUCCGCCUUACGAUGAUUUUGACUCUCCGAGCCCGGAGGACGUGCCGCCGAGGCGGACCCGUCGGCGAUUGAUCUUCACCCUGCCUGGGGAAAACACCGCAGAACCCUGGAGCGAGCCCACGGCACGCCAUGGCCAGCACAGCAGCGGCCCGCUGUUCGCCGCCAACGAAGUCAGCGGCGACAGCAGGAAACGCAGCGGCGACUACGCGACGUACCUGGCCGAAAUGGCGCCGGCGGCCGGCGCGAAGCGCCAGCGCAUCUCGGAAGACUACGGUCACCUCCAGGAUAAGUGCAUAAUGUGCCGUUUCCUGGACGUGCUGGCGAGGUGCUACAACUGGGCCUGCGUCAGCCUUCUAGCGUGGCUCUACUUCAGGUGGUUCAGCUGAAGCGGCACUGGGUGUGCUGCAGUGGUGCGGCCCGCUCUCGGCAGUCGAGCCGCUCCCAAAGAGCCGCGCCCCCGAGAACAAACCGU